CCCUUUUUUCGCAGCCCUCAUCACCGACGCGUGGACACCGCCCGUAGCCAUUUUGGCUCAAGCCAUUUGGGCUGAAGCCCACCUUGUCAGGACCGACCGAGCCGAGACUCUACCAGCCUGAUUCUCCAGCAUGCCAAAGGGAACCAUCAAGAAGUUCUUCGAGGACAAGGGCUUCGGCUUCAUCACGCCCGAGGACGGCGGCGAGGACGUGUUCGUACACCGGAAGGUGAACGGUGCGGAUCGUACCGCGUACCUCGAGGAAGGUGACGCUGUUGAGUACGAGUUGGAGUGGGACGACCGCAAGGGAAAGUACUGCGCCUCGUCUUGCUCUGGUCCCUGGAAGUCGGGCGGCGGCGAUGGCGGUGGCGGGGGUGGCGGCUGGGGUGGCGGUGGCGGCGGCAAGGGCGGCGGCAAGGGCGGCGGUGGUGGUUGGGGAAAGGGCGGUGGCGGCUGGUAGCCUCGUGGGUGGUGGAAGCCCCCCAGGCGGGCCGCCGUGGUUAAGCGCAUUUGCCUGUUUCGAAAGAUAAUGUGCUUCCCAUUGUUCUCCCCUACGGGUUAAUUCUCGGUUGCUCAUGGCCGGGCACGCCGAGUCCGCUCGGCGUGUCCGCAAUGGUCUGGCUUCCUGCGUCUGCAGCACUGUGGUCGUGCGUAAGGGUACGUUUAAGCUGCUGCCGACAGGCCUCGGUGCGUGCACCAGUAGUUUUGCCUGGCCGAGAUCUCUCUCUCUCGGCGUCGUCCGAAGCCGACUCGAGGCCCGCGCUCGGCCCGAGCAAAAAAA